CCUAUCUUCGCGUGCCGACUCCUUCCAACUUGCCCUCCUCUUCCCCCUUUGCUACUCUGCCCUUUCCUCCAUUCUUGACCUUUUAAAUCAUUCCCCUUAUAAACACCAACUCACACUCUUUCAUUCUCUCAAUUCACCUAAGCCAAAACCAAAACCAAAACCAUAGGGUGAAAGUCGAGAGCAAGGGAACUACCAUACUCAGUUGGUAUAUAUAUCUCUGCUUUUUUUCUUGAUGAAAUUUCAAUUGAGUUGUACAAAUCUUGAUCAUGUCCAACCUCCCCACUUCUCUCUCUGAUAUCUGCUUAACUCUCUCCCGGCUUGCCAUGUCCGAACCAGACCCGUGGCCCUUUUCCUGAAACCUUUACUUCAAUCUAAGCAAGACUCAUUAUUUCUCACUCAAAAUUUUCACAACCCAAAAAAAACAAGACACCCAAUUUCUCAAGUUCCUUUCUUUAAUUUGCUGAGUAUGACAAGGAUCAGAGGAUUCAAGCUCGGAAAACGGCUCUGCCGGGUCACCCGGUGGUUCAUCCACCGAAAACCCACGACCCGACCCGGGUACCGCCGCCUGAGCUCUCCACCUUCAUCUCCGCCGUGCAAGUACAAGCCGAUCGCGAAGCUACUCACGUGGGGUCGCCAGCUGAAGACCGGAGCCAAGUCUCUAUGUUGCAGCAAACCCGGGUCGGGUUAUUUACAGCUGGGUCAGAACCCGGUUGAGGAAACCAAGCCGGCGACGGUCCCCAAGGGACACCUGGCGGUCUACGUGGGUCAAAAAGACGGCGACUUUCACCGUGUUUUGGUGCCCGUGAUUUACUUUAACCACCCAUUAUUCGGUCAGCUUCUGAAAGAGGCCGAACAAGAAUACGGGUUCGCCCACCCGGGUGGGAUCACCAUACCGUGCCCGAUUUCGGACUUUGAGAACGUCAAGACCCGGAUCGCCGCCGGGUCGGGUCACCGGAGGUUGGCCUGGAUACGCAACGCGUGAAUAGCCUUAUGAUGAUGACGACGAAAUUGUUCCCGAUUGAUAGUGAUGUCGACCAAAUUUUGUGUAGUUUUAGUGGCCUCUACUUUUUUUUGUUACUUUUUCUGUAAUAGUUUUCUAGGUGUAUAUAAAUUCGAAAGGAAUUUUUCGUUU